CAAAUAUUAAUGACCGUUCGGAAGAACGUGAAAUGUAAAUACGCGAUGGUAUGAGAAACCUGUCUCUUGCCACCGAUAUUCGCGACAUGAAAAGAAACGAAGCCGAGCAGUAACUUCGCGAUCGCUCGAGGAGAACGAAGCGAGACCUGAACCGUCGAGAAACUCAUCUGUGCCCGACAUACGCGAUCUGUUUUCCCUUUCAAAGUGCCAUUCAAAGCACACGAUCCAACCGAGAUCUCGGACAUCAAAAUACAUCGCGCACGUGCGUUGCUCCAAGCAUUGAAUCACGAUGAAUAAAUACACAACGGAGGAAGUUGCUGUGCACGAUAGUGCUGAGGAUUUGUGGAUAAUAAUACACGGAUAUGUCUAUGAUCUCACGUCGUUCAUGACGGAACAUCCUGGAGGUGAAGAGGUAUUGUUGGAUUUAGCAGGGCAAGAUGGAACAGCAUGUUUCGAUAGUAUCGGUCAUUCCGAAGAGGCGAAACUACUUCGAGAAAAGUAUAAAAUCGGAGAAGUAACGAAUGAGAGCGCUCAAACCCAGAUAACGAGCAAGGCUCAAUCGACAACUAAUGCAGAUGAAACAGAUGCAAACUACGAUUACCAGUUACCACAAAAAAAAGAAACGUCCUCGAUUAUGGUGUUCUUGUAUAUUACUAUUGCAGUUUAUGCCAUUAUAUUCUUCUAUUACUAUGAAAAUAUGUAACUUGAAACAUUUCAUAUACAUGUACACAAUACAAUUAGUCAACUUUAACAAAAUCUUAUAUAAAAUCU